UUUCGCUCAAACCAACUCAUCAUUUUCUUUAUUUCUCUCCUUUAGUCUUCGCUUCUUUUCCAACAAAAAGACUCCAUAGUUAUGUCCACAAGAAACAGAAAAGACCUAUAGAUAUUUCAAAUCUCAAAGCAGCAUUUCUCUUUUUCUCGUAUUUUCCCCAGAAUUUCAGGCAUAAUUUAGCAAGCUCGACCUGACUACGGCUGCAGGGUUCAUAAUCGCCAGGGGAAUAUUUGCUAAAAAAGAUUAUUAACAAUGGAGGGGAGAUCAAAUUGUGUGCAAAUAGAAUUAGAAGAAGAGCUGCCAACAUUACUGAGAACAGCCACGACAGAAGAAAUGGUUGGCUUUGACAAUUACAAGGAUAAUAAUCUUCCUCUUCCACGCUUCAUCAGUCGCUUUCAUCCUUAUCAUGCAUCCACGACUACUUUGAAUGGUCAAGAAGCAGCAAGAUCAUCAAUGGAAGGUCAUCGUAGCUAUAUUGAGGAUCUCAAAGAGACUGCACCAUGGAUGCAGAUCAAUCAUCAAAGAAAACCAUCACUUUCAAUGCCAACUUCACCAAAUGUUCUCAUGAUCUCCGACCCGACAUCAACGUCUUCCGACAACAACAACACUGGAUCGACUGGAAAGUCAGUCAAGUUCAUCUCUCAGCCGAUGGCCAAAGUGUCAUCUCUCUACAUAGGAAGCGGCAACGAUGAUGAUGAUCGUCGUCCUCCUGACAAUCAUCAUCAUCAGCAACAUCAACAACAGAGUGGUCAACUUCAAAAUCAAAACCCGGGGAUGCAUAAGCUUAAGGAUCACAGGUACACCUCGUUCAAGACUUGGUCAGGGAAACUGGAGAGACAGUUUACAAGAAAACCAGCUGCUAUUGAACCGGAGACACCAAACCGGCCUAAGGAGAAUAUAAAUACUAAUGAAGCCAUGCCUGUGGACCGUUACUAUGAUGCCUUGGAAGGUCCUGAAUUAGAGACUCUCCGGCCUCUAGAAGAGAUCGUUCUACCAAGUGAACAAACGUGGCCGUUUCUUCUGCGUUACCCCAUAUCAACCUUCGGUAUGUGCCUUGGAGUGAGCAGCCAAGCCAUAAUGUGGAAGACCCUAGCCACUGCUGAGCCAACCAAGUUCCUUCACGUACCCCUAUGGAUCAACCAAGCUCUCUGGUUCAUCUCAGUCGCUUUAGUCUUUACCAUUGCCAUCAUUUACCUCCUCAAAAUCAUCCUCUACUUCGAAGCCGUACGCCGUGAAUACUACCAUCCCAUCAGAAUCAACUUCUUCUUCGCUCCUUUCAUUUCAUUACUCUUCUUAGCCCUCGGGGUCCCACCUUCCGUAAUGACAGAACUGCCACAGUUCCUGUGGUACCUCCUCAUGUUUCCUUUCAUCUGUCUUGAGCUCAAGAUUUACGGUCAAUGGAUGUCCGGUGGUCAACGCAGGCUCUCCCGGGUCGCCAACCCUACGAACCAUCUGUCAAUCGUCGGGAACUUUGUGGGGGCCUUGCUUGGUGCAAGCAUGGGACUUAGGGAAGGACCAAUGUUUUUCUACGCUGUUGGGAUGGCUCAUUACUUGGUUCUGUUCGUGACACUAUACCAAAGGUUACCGACCAACGAGACUUUGCCUAAAGAUCUUCACCCUGUCUUCUUCCUUUUUGUUGCGGCCCCAAGUGUUGCUUCCAUGGCUUGGGCUAAGAUCACUGGCUCCUUUGACUAUGGUUCCAAAGUUUGUUACUUCAUCGCCAUCUUCCUCUACUUCUCUUUGGCUGUGCGGAUUAAUUUCUUUCGUGGAAUCAAAUUUUCACUGUCUUGGUGGGCGUAUACAUUUCCAAUGACCGGAGCUGCAAUUGCAACCAUUAGGUACGCAACAGUAGUGAGGAGCACUAUGACUCAAGUCAUGUGUGUGAUCCUCUGUGCCAUAGCGACACUAGUCGUUUCGGCACUGCUAGUGACUACCAUCAUCCAUGUCUUUGUCCUCCGCGAUCUUUUCCCUAAUGACUACGCCAUAGCCAUCAGCAACCGCCCGAGACGCAAACAGACUAGCCACCACCGGUGGCUCGACCAGCUAAGAAACGUAAGCUCAGAGAACAUCGAGAAUUUCUUGAAAUUCACAGACUCCGACAGCAGUCAGAGUAAUGAUCUAGAAGCUGGGAAUGGAAAAAUUCAAGAGAAGGAUUCGGCUUAAAAAACAUAAACAGUUUUCAUAACCCCUGGUUUAAUUGAUACGUGGUAUCCAAGUUUUAGUUUUGUUGUCAGUGUCUCUGACACAAGUGAGGAAACCUAGUAACGUAACUGUUGGUUGCUAUGGUUCUAAUGAGCAUGUGUGAACCAGCAGUAAACCAGUGAAAGCGGUUAUGAAAAUACUGUAUUUGUUUCAAUAAAUAAAAUUUUUUGAGGGUUUAUCAUUA